AUGAAGCUGGUGAUUCUGUCCUGCCUGGUGGCUGUCGCCGUUGCCAGCGGCUUUGGCGACUACGGCCUCGGAGGUUAUAGUGGUGGAUACGGCGGCUACUGCGGCUAUGGCGGCUGCAGAGGAUACGGCGGCUAUGGCGGUUACAAGGGAUACGGUGGCUACGGCGGCCGCGGUCUUUACAAAUACGGCGGUUACGGCGGUUACGGCGGUUACGGUGGUUACCGCGGCCACGUUGGUUAUGGCGGAUACGGCGGUUACGGCGGCUAUGGCGGUUAUGGCGGCUAUGGACGGUACGGCGGCUAUGGUGGUUAUGGUGGCCGCUUUGGUUAUGGCGGCUACGGCGGUUACCACGGUUACAGCUAUAAAGGCUACUGA